UGAGGCUGAUGGGUUAAGUUUUAGAACAGUCGUGGAAACAAUUUGAAUUGUCAACAGAUCUAUUCCAAGUCAAACUUUUGUAUAACUAUGAAGACAGUGAUUGUUCUACUCGGGGUCUUGGCGUUCACAACGGCCAUGCCUCAAGCCCAAGAAGAACCUGUCGAAUCAGAACUCGAAGAAAACUUGGAAGCUGAUGUGGUGGCCGACGAGGAGGACAUUGACGAAGGUUCCGGUUCCGGAGACGGAGAGGGAGCCGAUUACGAUUUAGGGUUAGGAGCAUUCCAACCCACUUACGAAUGCUCUGAGGACGCGGAAUGCCCCCCCUAUCAUUUCUGCUUUGCCUCAGCAUACACAGGAACCUCUUGUCAGUCCAAUCUCUACACCCGUAACUUCACCAAUUGUGACUAUUGCAAGGGCUUUCAGGAUCCUAAAGAUGACUCCACCGCAUAUCCUGCCACUAGUUUCUGUCAACUCAUCGAAUCCGAAGCUCGAGGUUACACCGAAGAGGAGAGACCUCACAGUUGUUACGAGGAAAUCGGAUUUUGUUGCGCUGAGGCUUAUUUCAUGCCCUGCAAACCUGACGAUUCAUCCGCUUGCCCCAAAGGACUAGGAUGCGUUGAGCAAACCUACAGCAAUGGGGAAACCGUGAACUUGUGCAAGCCUGAAAAGACGGAAUUCGAUUAUGGGUCGGAGAUUCCUUGUGAGAAGGCUUAUGAUUGCCCUUGGUCCAUCCUUGAGAACUCCUGGUCAAUCUGCAGUAAUGGAGUCUGCCUUCAAGUCCUUGAAAGAUAAAGAAUACAAACUUAUUCAAAUGUCAUCCCAUUCGGCUUCCCUAAAAUAAAUUGCCUUUUCAUAUUUCAA